AGACAAAAUGAGCAAACGAGAGCCGAGGAAACGAGCACACGACUCAACAAAUGAGGCAGCUGCUCCCGGCGGAAAUGACAGUGAACCCCCGCAACAACAAAUAAUGCCAAUAAUUAACAAACGAUAUAUGGUCGAGAAAUUCAUUAUUAAUACUGUGAAAAAGGUGGUCGCCGUAAUUAUACACAUUGAUUUUCGAAAACCGCCGCAAGAAGUCCGCACGAAUAACUAUAAAUCCAUUGAGAAUCACGAGCAAGGAGCGAAAGAGCUCAUGUAUUAUGUGCAUUAUGAGGAGUUGGAUCGGAGGAAUGAUGAAUGGAUUACGCUGGACAAAAUUCUCGUAAACGAAGUGGUAGUCGAGCCGGUGAUCAAAGUGCCCACAAAAGCGCCUGUCGAAGAUCUACACAAGGAAAUUGUCGUCGGACCGCCCGUCAUAAAGCCAUCUGGAGCCCUAACACGAAGUCAGCGGAGGACAUUGGAAGAAUAUUCACAUUUAAAAACGGAUCUUAAUGAUUUGGACGCCACGACCGCCCGGCUAGAACGGGAACAUGAAGAACGUACAAAAGUGAAGAACAUACCACAAAUAACGAUAGGCGCUCACGAGAUUCUCGCCUGGUACUAUUCACCGUUUCCGCCUGACUGUGAAAAUUUGGACAUUUAUAUGUGUGAAUAUUGCCUACUCUACACACCUCAUCACGAACGAUUCAAGCAGCACAUUGAUACGUGCAAAGUGCGUCAACCUCCCGGAAAUGAAAUCUACCGAAAAGAUCAUCUAUCAGUGUACGAAGUGGACGGAAGUGGACAGAAGCUCUACUGUCAGUGCUUAUGCCUACUUUCCAAACUUUUCAUGGAUCACAAGACGCUCUACUUUGACGUCGAUGAUUUCAUGUUUUAUGUGCUUUGCGAGACAGACGAGCACGGAGCCCAUAUAGUUGGCUACUUUUCACGAGAAGUCGAAUCGGCAAAUAAUUUGGCGUGUAUAAUGGUUUUUCCGCCGUUUCAGAAGAAGGGAUACGGAAAAUUGUUGAUUCAGUUUAGUUACGAGCUAUCCCGCCGCGAAGGAUACAUUGGAAUGCCCGAAAAACCGUUGUCAGACCUCGGAAAAGUGUCAUAUCGCAGCUAUUGGUGGUGGCGACUGAUGAAAUUGUUUCAUAUACACCAGGGACAUACAGUAACCGCCACGUUUUUGUCGAAUGAGUCGGGCAUCGCCGUCGAUGAUAUUGUUUCGACGUUGAUUACGAUGCGCAUGUGCCGACAGUAUAAGGAACCCGAAUUCAUUCCCGGCGAGUGGUACGUACGAAUUCAUCGAAAAAUAGUGGAUCAUUGUGUAAUGUGUGGCUAUGGUAAACCGCCAAGGCUCCUACUCGACCGGACCAAAGUCCGCUGGGCUCCGGCCCAAACUCGGCCCGAAUUCGAACGACAACAGCAACGGACGGCCGCAGCGAUGACGUCACGCAGGGCCUCGAAAUCGCAAAACGUCACACCCCUGGUCACGCCCCUAGCCACGCCCCCAAUUGAGCAGAAGCCUGUAUUUCAGAAGACACCUACACCCCGUCGCCGCUGACAGACCACCAUGUAGCUACGGAUGCUCCCGACCAUAUCUCAUUGCCAUUGAACUGAAAAUUUGUAAAUUUUGCCGGUUUUUUUUAAAUGGAAAUUUAUGGAAUUUUGAAUUUUUUGAAAAAAAAAUUUGCAAAAAAAUUUUUUUUUUCGAAAAUUUUUUUUGAAAUUUUUUUUCGAAAUUUUAAUUUUUAAUUUCCCUCCUCGAAAACCCCAAAAUUUUCCAGAAUUUUCAGUAUUUUUUUGUCUUUCUGUAAAAAAAAAUGCAUUAAUCAUAUAUAAUCAUUAUCAUUAUAAUCACUAUUCAUUUAUUCAUUGAUCUCCUUUGCCCCGCCCCGCCGCCUCUGUUUUUAUCGAUUUUUUUCUUCUUCAUGUUUUUACGUUUUCCAAUAAACCUCGUAUAAUAAUUUAAA